AUGACGGUGCUGCUGCUGCUGGUGGGGUUGCUGCUGGUGGUAGGCUGCAGCGUGAAGAGGAGCUCCCGCACGCUGGAGAAGGGCCCCCGACAGGACCCCAGCAGCAUCGUGGAGAGGGCCAGCCACAAGAGGACCACACACACACAGGCCAGGGAGAAGUGGCUCUACUACCCUAAUGGACAGGGGGUGGACAUCCUGAAACUUGUGUCGUCUCAGGUGGGGGGUCAGUGGGUUGAUAUGUAUCAGUCUCUGGCCAACGCCUCGGAGCGCGAGGUGGCAGCCUUCUCCAGCAGCUACGGGUCGGACCAGGAGCGAGCUUACGCCGCUCUGCAGCACUGGACGGUCCGUGACCGCGACGCCAGCCUAGCCAAGCUGAUCAGCGCCCUGCACAGGCACAGACGCACCGACGUGGUGGAGAAGAUGCGCUGCGUCAUAGAAGACAAUCCUCAGUUUGAUGUGGCCCAGCUGAUGGUGUGUGUGAAUGUUACUGCGGGCCCCAGUCCCCCCCGGUCUGCUGACGGGCCUGGCGUGGUGGAGGGGUCUCCCGUGGACCGCAGCAAGGGCUUCUUUCCCGACGAAUCUGAGCCCCUGCUGCGCUGUGACUCCACCUCCAGUAAAGACUCUGCCCUCAGCAGGACCGGAUCCUUCAUUACCAAAGAGAAGAAAGACACAGUUCUUCGCCAGGUCCGUCUUGACCCAUGUGACCUGCAGCCCAUUUUUGAUGACAUGUUGCACAUCCUGAACCCUGAAGAACUGCGCGUGGUGGAGGAGAUCCCUGCUGCCGAGGACAAGCUGGACCGCCUGUUUGAGAUCGCUGGUGUGAAGAGCCACGAGGCGAGCCAGACUCUGCUGGACUCAGUCUACAGCCAUCUACCUGAGCUGCUUUAGGGCCAUCACCCUGAGCUGCUGUAGGGCCAUCACCUCCUGCUCUCCUCCUCCUGCUCUUCUCUCUCCUUUCCUCUCUCUUCUCCUCAUCCUGCUCUCCUCUCCUCCUCCUGCUCUCCUCUCUCCUCCUGCUCUCCUCUCGAGUUUUGGUACGUCUGCCACCCUCAGACAGCCUUCACCAUUAACCUUACCCCUUACCCCUGACCCCUGUAAUGCUCCAGUCCACUUAACUCACUCUUCCUGCCAGUUUAACCAGAGAAUCCUUUCCCCCACCAAGCCAGCCCCCCCCCAACCCCUUCCUCUCCUCCCUGUGCCCAGCCAGACAGGAAGCCAUGUGCCUGACCUCACCAGGUCAACAUCCUUUCCCCUAUCUCUGGCGCUCCCCUCCAGGUGUGUAGACUGUCCAACAGCAACAUAACCGUCACCAACUUCCAGUAAAAACACACCUCUCGUUCUCGGCUCAGUGUAGCGUUGAUGAAAUGUUGUCUCAACAUUUUGGAGCUUGUUGUUGCUGCGCAUUGGUUCAGAAAAGGUCUUAAGCUACUGUAUGUCAACACUGUCAAAAACUAACUGUACUCAGUUGUUCAUGCAAACAUACUUUCGACACACAAUGUCUGAUCAGCACUAAUGAUAUGUAUUAUAAUUGAUGCACUAAUGUUGUUUUCUAGAAAUCAUGUGACUCGUCUGCAUUUUGCUUCCUGAGCCCCCGUUAGUCCGAUGCUAUCUCUACCUUGCAUCUCUUCCUCUUCUGCGUUUCCUACAUUUUCUUCUAAUUUAAGUGUUCAUUUGUGUAUAAUUUUUAUUUUGUUCAACUGAUUCAUGUUUCCAGUAGAUGUUUGUCAUCUGUAUGAUUUCUCGGGCAUUCAGACGUACCUGAGUGGAACAUGUGCUCACUCCUUUAUUCUACUUGAAUCUGUCACCUCCUGGUACUUGAUUAAAAACAAUGUAUCCCUUCUAGUUCCUUCAGGAUUCUACAUUCUUCAGAAAAGAAGCACCACCAAAAUAAGGUUUAACGAUGAUGGAUGUCUCACUCGAUGAUGCUCUGUGCGCUGGCUCUUUGACGCCCUCCAGUGGCAGUUCUGAGAAUGAAUGAUUCCUAGAGCAGCUUGAGGUGUGUGGAGUUUUCAAACUUAACAUGAUGUAACCAGUGUGUUUACUACUAUGUAACCUCUUAAAAUCAACCAAUAAAAGUUAAAACAUUUGUUAUAAGGAUGAGAAUGUGGU